UCGAAAAGUACUUCCGGGUUAGACUUAAAUUCUGCAUGUCACAGCUAUAGAGGAUUUUUCUAUCUAUAUAUUAAGAAAUAAAAUUUAAGAAAUAUGUCGCGCGGCUCGAGCGCCGGGUUUGAUCGCCAUAUUACUAUUUUCUCGCCAGAAGGAAGACUUUAUCAAGUGGAAUAUGCGUUUAAAGCCAUUAAUCAGGGCGGAAUGACAUCAGUCGCUGUGCGCGGGAAAGACUGCGCCAUUGUUGUCACACAGAAAAAAGUUCCAGACAAGCUCCUGGACCCCUCGACAGUCACUCACCUGUUUCGCAUCACAGACAACAUCGGCUGUGUGAUGUCCGGCAUGACGGCUGACAGCAGGUCUCAGGUGCAGAGAGCACGUUACGAAGCAGCGAACUGGAUGUACAAAUACGGCUACGAGAUUCCGGUAGACAUGUUGUGUAAGAGGAUCGCCGACAUUUCACAAGUUUACACCCAGAACGCUGAGAUGAGACCGCUCGGCUGCUGUAUGAUCGUGAUCGGUAUGGAUGAAGAGCUGGGGCCGCAGGUGUAUAAAUGCGACCCUGCAGGUUAUUACUGCGGCUUUAAAGCCACAGCAGCCGGAGUGAAACAGACUGAAGCCAUCAGCUUCCUGGAGAAGAGAGUCAAGAAGAAACAAGACUGGACCUUCGAGCAGACCAUCGAGACGGCGAUCAGCUGCUUGUCCACAGUGCUGUCCAUCGAUUUCAAGCCGUCUGAGCUGGAGGUGGGAGUGAUAACGGCACAGGAGCCCAGGUUCAGGAUUCUCUCUGAGACGGAGGUCGAUGCUCACUUGGUGUGUCUCUCUGCGCAAGACUGAGCUCAGAGAACCAGUGCACCGUGGGAAAUGUUUAGAACGCUGUUUACGUGAUGUACACCUCAUUUAUCUGUAUAUUUCUCUGUACAAUUAAAGCUGUUUUUGGAGAAAAA